AUGUCUUCUCCUUCUUCCUCCCCUCAGCUCGAGCAGGCGAGCAGCUUCGCCGUCCCCGGCCGCCCUACCAACUUCCUUUCGCUGGCGCCUACUACCUCUUCCACCUAUCCUCAAGCUCCUGAUGCGAGCCGCCCUCUUGCUCGCCGCUCUUCCAGCGUGAGCAGCUCCAACUCGAACGCCGCCGGCCUGCAGUUCCUGCGCCUGGGCCCCGUUCACUACGGCGAGCACCCUGAUGACCGCGAGUAA